AAGCAUAUCCUGUAAAAUGUUACAUUUGUGGAUGAUCUCCCUUCCCAGAGUCACCGUCCUAGAUGGAUACUGCCAUAGAUCUGAUAAAUAAUAACUCCACAGCUUUCUUAGGCGCGUCAAUUGGUGCGUGCAAGAUUCAGACUUCUGUUAUCUUUCUCAGCUGCAAAUAAAUAAAUAUGUUUAUUUAUUACCCUUGCAUCACCUUAUUUCCUUUUCUUUACUCCAACUCCUCUCUCUCUCUCUCUCUCUCUCUGUGACCAAUUUCUCACUUGUUUCUUGUUGUUUACUGCUGCACAAGAGAACCAAUUUCUGACUUUUUAUUCACCAACCCAUCUCUCUGUUUCUCAAUCUUCGCUGUUUGAAGUCGUAUAUAUUGAUUAUGCACAAUUUUGGGGAUGAAUUCACAAUAGAAAGCUACAGAAUCCCAUGGCUUGUAUGGAUCCAGGUGAUGGUGAUGAUCCUCCUCCUCAUUCUUCUCUUCUGCUUCAGCAUCUUAGUCUUAGAUCUCGAUGACCACAGCAACACCACCACCACCAGCAACAACAAGCCUUCAUCUUCUUCCACUAGCCGCUUAGUUGGUGAUGAUCUUCCCAAGCACAACACCUCAACCACAGCUUUUACACACCGCUUGCAAAAUACCCAGGUAGAAGAAAGCAUAAAAGGGGAGAUAGUAGCAAGCACAACAAGUAGAAUAAUGAGAGGAGAGGACUUGUUAGAAAUGGAGGCCCCUACAGCAUUCCAUCUAUAUUUCCACCCUUGCUAUUAUUUUAGGCUGGCCAGACUUGCAUUUCUUAAAUGUCUGGGCUUGGACUUUGCCUCUGAGAGUUCUUCAACCCCACAAAGAGGAAAAAGAAGAGAAAGUUGACGUGAAUUCUCCCCCCAAGGGUUGCCUAGUUUAGGUUGUAACUUGUAAGGGGUGAAGCAAAGAUCACCAACAAGUACACUUGUAGCAGAAACCAAUUAUGGACUCGUGGGGUGUGAGAAAAUAUUGUAUGGUACUGGAAUACGGCAAGGUAAUAUAAGGUGUAGGAGCUCAUCUCCAAGCCCGGUACUGUUCUGCAGCACCAAUUUAUUCACCACAUUGUAAAAAUACCACAUUGAUUGAGAACGGUAUUUGAGUGAUUGUAGGAGAUUGUAGGAGAGGACCAUUGAACAAAGGACU